UAGAAAGAGCAACACACAGGCAAGGAAACUGUGUGGCAUCUGCUUCCAAAGAUAGUCUGGCUGAGGAAAUACUUUUCUCUAUGAAAUCAAAUUACGUUAUUAAUUGAAAUAGAAAGUGAUAAUACAUGCAUGAAUAUAAAAAGAUUUUGCUGUGAUUUCGGGAUGAUUAAUGGACUAAAAGCCAAUGAUGUCAGAAGAAGAAAGUAAGGCUUUACUUUGCUCCGCAUCAACACAAACUACUUGGAGUUGGCUGGAAGACUUAAAAAGCAUUGGUAGAGAUUCUGUUCCGACACAGAAUCUUAUUGAAAACAAUGAUACUGUUAAAAUUGACACCGAUGACCAUUCGAUCUCAAAUGCUUCUUUGCCUGAAGAUUCUGUCAGCGUAAGCUCUACCAAAAAUGAACCUAUAGAUGCUGCAAAUGAUUCCGGAGACAGAUCUGAAAUAGAUGAGAGCUUCCAUCCGGAUAAAAACCCAACACCAGCGCAGAUUUUGGAUGGAUUUUGGUCAGGGAGCGACAGUGAAUCAACCGAGCUCGACACUGAUUACGAAACUGAUUCUCCUUUUCCCGGCGUGGGACCGCCUCAAAUGUUAAAGCUUCUCAGAAAAGAAAAAUAUUCUGAUCAUGAAACUUCUAACGAUGGAUCACAAAGGCAUUCUUAUGGCAUCGAAAAGGGCUUUCACAAAAGUUUUUUCAGCGGACCUUGUCAAUUUUGUGGUGAGGGAGUGCUUCCGUUACCUACGGUGCAAGAAAUAGAAACAUUGCCAAAUAACCAACUGUUCUGCUGCAGUGAAUAUGAAGAAUUUGUGAAACUGUAUAUAACCUAUGUUGACAAAAAGAAAGUUGAAGAUGAGGUGAUUGACAUAAAGCCACAUGCACCAUAUGGCACAAAAGCAGCACGGAAAGCAGCCAAAGAAAGAGCUGCUGAAAGGAUGAGGGAAAAAGAAAUGGAGAAACAGAAAGCUGUAACUGCUCAAGCUAAUUUCUUUUCCUUUGCAAGGCAGGUUAAAACGAUACAGUAUGCAUUAUCAUCGGUGAAAUGUAUGCAAGACGGUUGGACUGUACGACCAAAAACCCCACCUGUUCAGCCUCUGCGGCGCGAGGACGACGAAUUCUCCAUCGACGUCAACACAUCACUUCUACAAAAACGGAACGAGCUUUAUGAAAAGUUUUAUGAAAAUGGUAAACGAUUUCUCAUUGUUUUUCCUGAUGGAACUGGAUCUUGCUAUUAUCCAAGUGGAAAUGUUGCUGUGAUUAUUACGUCAUGUGAACUGGGGAAAUACACAUACAUUUUGCAAAAGGAUACAGAUGAUUAUGACACCGAAGACCCAGGUGUUCUUGGUGUUUUUGAACCAAAAGGAAAUGCAAGUUGCUACUUUAAAGACAGUUCUUUGAGGAUGGUGCUGACUCCAUACGGUGGUAUGCAAGUGGAUAAAGCAGGAAAUUAUAAGAAGAAAUGGAACUGGUACUUCAUCAAAGGCCAUGUCCAUACUCCCCCUUUCCAGCCGAUUUGCUUCGCAUUGAACAAACAACUAUCGUGUCGUGUGAUGGAACAGGAUCACAUUGUGAUAACAUUUACGUCAGAUCAACGAGCAGUAAGAUUUAACGUUGGAGCGAAACUCAAGGCCAUCAAGCAGACUAUUCCGCCGAUUUCGAAAAGGGAUGACCAUCAACAGUUUCUAGACUAUGUGAGAAAGAGAGUACAAAAUAUCCAAGACAAGAUACAGCUUACAAUGAAGUUUCCAAAGUCACCAAAGUUAGAAACCCUAGUUGCAAAGACACAGGCUUCAGCGAGCAAAAGACCCAGUUCCACCCCCAAAUUACAGACACCAAAGCUUAAAGCAAAAGACCCAUCUGUUGUUGUCAAUUGAAAUAGCAUCUAUCCAUGGCUACAUUUGCUCUUCUAAAUCCUGAAAAAGAUUUAUUUUUGUAUUUAUUCAUCGAGAAUUUAAUAUAUGAAAUUUUUCAUUUCCUCUUUGCUCGGAGAAAAGUAUUCUGAGUAACUGAAAACUUCCGAUUGCUCCUACUACAACCAGAACCUAGAGUUUACGGCCGUUUUCAAAAAGGAGGAAAGAACAGUAAGAAUCAAUAUAGAGAAACUGGUUUGGCAGAAUUUGUACUCCAAACUGAGACAGAAAACCGUAUCCGUGCUAUGAUCUCGUAAAUUUGGAUAUAUUUUACAUUUGUUAAGAGUGGAUGAAUCUCGAUAAGGUCGCGUUUAGGAGCAUGACUCCGUGUUCCUACCGUAGUCAUAGCGUUAAACAUAAGUCCGCUAAGCAAUGAUUCUAUCAGUGAAUAUAAAAAUGGUUUUCAUUGACUGCUAUGAAUGCAGUGGGUUUAUGACUGUGAAUUUUAUGUCAGCGAACAAUUUCAAAGAAUCGAAUAUAUAUUUUCUGUUCUAUUUAUCAAAGAAGUUAUUUCUAUCGCUAGAUAGGCUCUCGAUUGAAACUGAGCUCGUUAAGGUCUAUAGCAUGAUACUUCAUACGACAAUGAUGUUGUUGCAGCAACUCGAGUGUUUGAAAAUAAGUAAUUACUAUAAAGACUUGCAUGUGAGGUUUUUGGCCCAUAUUUAAGACACUUCAACUUCAAAAUUCAAAAGCUUUAAAACAAGGUUUAGUGGUAUUAGAAGCAUAUAGUGUUUCAUUGAAAGUUGACAUUUUCUAUUAUUUAGACUCUACUCGAGCGUAUUCAGAAGAAAAAAUGACAAAAAAUUGAAAAUUAAGAACCAAUGUGCCGGAGAUUUGUAGACAAGUAUAAAAUGGCUUGAAUCGUCUUUCCUAUUACUGGAACUUAUUGCUUUUUAGCAAUGUCAAUAUCAUGUGUAGUUUGAACAGGUAUCUAACAGCGCGAAUUAAAAUAUCUUUAGAAAAAUCUAAGGUCUCCUAUUGUGGCUUUUGGUGGACUUAACAAAGGAUGCUGCUAUGUGAUUGCAUCACCUUUUCACUUGUAUUCAGGGCCCUUCAUUCUCUUCUUAUUUUAUCAUUCUAGAAAUUAUCGGUGGAGUAUCAAGAAAAAAAUUCAUAAAAUAUAAUCUAAUAUGGUAGAUGUAUAAGAUAUACCUAAAGCCAGCAUAUUCACAGAUUCUGCGAUCAUCUGUUAUCAACAUAUAGUGGUUCAGCCCAUUGAGCCUAUUAUGUGUGUAUGGAUACCGCAAGAGGAGAAGGAAAAUACGAAGAAUGAGUAAAUGAUGUGGAGGGGAAAUAAGGGUAUUUUCCAAUCACAAUGCAAAUAAAAUAUUUUGAGACCAGAUUGCAAUACAUUUCUGAGACUAAAUUGUGAAGACUUUUAGGCAACCAGAGUAAAGGCACAUAGUUACUCAAAAAUCUUCCUUCUGCAUGAACAAGAAACUUACAAUGAAACGAUUUUACAUACUUAUUUGAUUUCAAUAUAACCAAAAGAAAAAAACCUGCGAGUAUUACUUCAGCUACUUGUAUAGCAGAUGGGUACAUAGAAAUACCCUCAGAGCUAUCGAGCUGUGUAUCCAGGAAAUAUUCUUCAAUUUGAUAUCAUGUUAUAUAAAAAGUUUGGUUUGAAUACAUUACUAAGAAAUUUAAACAUUUUUCUAAACAGUAAAAUAACAAUUAAGAGCAAUACAGAAAAUAAUCCAUAUAUUUUGUAACAAUAUUUAUUAUUAAAAGAAAUUGAAAACACGAAUGAAAAAUAAGGGUUAUCAAGUAAUUAUUGUGUAAGUUUUGGGAUUUGGUAAUUGUAAAACACAUGCAUGUUCUGAAAGACCCUCGUUUAACACCGUUUGUGUUGCAGCUAUCGACCCCCAUUUUUCACACUGCACAGGCGCUCUACUAAUUCAACGCAUGCGUAUUACAGAUUUUCCUCCAUCAAUGUCUUGUCUUUCAGAUUUGGCAUUUUCUUUUUGUCAAACGUUCCUAAAUCUAUCAUCUGGAGUAUUCUGGAGAUUCAGAACCGUUAAGAUGCCAAAAUCAUCAUCAAGGUCAAGGAGUAGAAGCGCAUCACCUAAAAGGCGACGUAGAAAGGAGAAGGAGAGGAGAAGGAGAUCUAGGUCGAGAAGUAGGUCACCAAGGAGAAGGUGGAGAUACUCAAGAAGUAAGUCGCCAAGUUUAGAUAGAUUUGGAAGAAGCAUUCAUAGAAGAAAUCGUUAUUCAGAAGAUGAUAGCAAGAGGGAAUCAGUUGACAAAAGUGCACAAGAAGAA